GCAUGGGCAGUAAACAAUUGAAAUUUUUCGGUUUGGGGCUUGAUCUUGGUGGGUGUCAUUGCGAAAAAUAUCAUAUUAGAGCUUGGCAGUCAGGAGAUGAACUGUAGUUAAGCGUGAAAUACUUCAAAUUGAAAUUUGGCUGAUCUUUCUUACACUGCUGAAAAAGAAAAAUGAGAGCAGGAUCAAGUUUGAGUUUUCCCAGGUUCCGGCUGGGCUGGUGGAAUGAAAAAUAAAUGGAAUUGAAAUGCUGUAGACUCAUGUAAAACAGCUCCACCUGCUCUAGAGCCCACACCCAGCACACCUAAGGAGCAGCCAUGGGCCGGCCACGCCGUGGUGGCGGGCGGGCCUCCGCUGGAGGGGGUCGAGCCUCCGCCUCGGGCGGUGCCGGAAAACACGCCGGCAAGCACGGGAGGCGCGCGGCACGGGACGCCAAGCACGCGGCGCCCUCGGACGGCGGCGACCCAGACCGCCUGUCAGAGCAGGCGGCGCGGCUGGAGGUCACCGACACCAGCGGCGAGGACUCCAACUCCGACACCAGUGACUCUGACUCCGACUCUGGCUCGGAACGUGUGGAGCGCGCGGCGUUCCCAGUAGCCAUGUGGGACCUGGAGCACUGUAACCCGCGCGCCUGCUCCGGUCGCAAGCUCUCCCGUCACGGUCUCGUGCGUGUGCUGCGGGUGGGUCAGCGGUUCGGCGGUGUGGCCCUGACGCCUUCUGCCACGCGCUGUGUGUCGCCCGCUGACAGAGACGCCGUGGCAGACUGGGGCCUCGCUGUGGUGGACUGCUCCUGGGCACGGCUCGCGGAGGUACCGUUUGGAAAACUCCGCUCGGGUCAUCCACGACUGCUUCCGUUUCUAGUGGCGGCAAAUCCGGUCAACUACGGAAAACCAUGUAAACUCUCCUGCGUGGAGGCACUAGCGGCAGCCAUGUUCAUCACCGGCUUCAAGCAGGAAGCACGCCUGUAUCUAAGCAAGUUCAAGUGGGGGAAGCAGUUUGAGGCUCUGAACUCUGAGCUGUUGGAGACGUACGCAGCCUGUAAGGAUGGUGCGGAGGUGGUGGCGGCGCAGGGGGCCUACUUGGAGAAGGUGGAGGGGGAGAAGUCGGAGGCCAGUCCGUACGAUGACCUGCCCAGGUAUACUUCCUCAGAGGACAGUGAAGAGGAAGGUGGAGAAGGUGACGGAGAGACUGCUGGAGAGCGAGAUGGUGAUGGUGGUGAAAAGGACGCACAGGCGAGCGGGCCGUGUGAUGACGCUAAGAGUGCGGAGGGGAAAGAGGAAGUGGUAAAGGGGACAGACGGUGAGAGGACACCUGAGUGAGCGAAAACAUGACGCAUCGCGACGAUCACAUGUUUGUGUGGGGAUAGGUUCCCUUUGGUGUUACAUGAUCGGUAGGUAUGUUUGAGGGAUGAAAUUGAAACAUUAUAUUCUGAUAUUGAGCGUCAAGGUGUGAGAAGCGAUGUUUUUCAUUGACUGAUGGCAAUCGUUGUUUAAAUAGCUAUACGAGCUCCGCAAAAUAACCUUUGUUAUAAAUAUGGGUCAAAUGUUUUUAUAAGGCUUGAAAGCGCACCAAGUGUCCAAAUGACACUGGGGAUUGUUUCUUCCCUGGUACCCGUUACAUGAAUAAUGUGACCUGAUUUUUGCUUUGUUUUGUGUCGAUGUUUUGUCAACAUCAAAACUAUAAAACGCAAAUUGUGACUUUUCGAAAAUACAUUUUCAAUAGUAAGGUUGUACCAACCUUGCGUAUAUCAA